AUGAAAUGCGGUAGCAAUGUGACAACCACAACCUCCGUAGCUGUGGCCGCCACCCCUAGACGGUUGAGUCUUUGGCCUUGGGUUCAGACGCGCGGUAAAAGUCGUUAUGUGACAACCACAACCGCCGUAGCUGUGGCCACCACCCUUAGACGGUUGAGUAGGGAGGCCUUGGGGCGAAAGACGCGCGGUAAAAGUCGUUGUAGAAGGUAUGGUCAUCAUUUUACGACCAAAGAUUGA